AUGAAGAAAUUAUAUGUAGAGCCAGAGAAACUGAUAGAAGAGGAACUUAUGGCCUGUACUAUAAUAAGUGAAAGCUGUAAUACACAAGAAAUUAAGACUAAUCAUAUCCCAGUGAAUGAGAAAAACAUAAUAGACAAAAUAAUAAAUGAGUACAAAGAUGUGAUUACAACAGAAAUGGGUUUUACUGAAACAAUUCAACACAAAAUAGAAUUAACUGAUUAUAGUGCUAUGAAAGGGAAGCAUUACCAAGUACCAGUUGCUUAUAGAGAAGCUGUUGAAGCAGAACUGGAUUUUCUACUUGAGUCUGGGCAAAUAGAAAGAACAGAAUCAGCAUACUCAUCACCCAUGGUGAUAGUAAGAAAAAAGAACAACAAAGUAAGGAUAUGUUGUGACUAUCGAGAGUUGAAUAAAAGGACUAAGAUAGAUGCUGAACCCAUGAAUGAUCCUAAAGACAUUUUGGAAACUAUCAGUAAAUCCUCAAUUUUCACCACUUGUGAUUUGAACAGAGGCUUCUGGCAAAUAGGACUGGAAAAGGGGUCAAGACAAUACACAGCCUUUACAUCUAGCAAAGGUCUAUGUCAAUUGAAGGUGAUGCCAUUCGGACUUGUGAACAGUACCGCCACGUUCCGAAAAUUCAUGAAUAAAAUAACAGAGGGAAUGAAAAACCUGGUCUUCUUUGUUGAUGAUAUAUGCAUACAUAAUAACACAUGGGCAGAACACAUAGAAACACUAAAAGAACUACUAGAAAGACUUAGAAAACAUGGGGUUACCAUAGCACCAGAGAAACUGCAUGUGGGAGUAGAUACAGUAGAAUUCCUAGGAUUUAAGUAUGACCUGACAGAUGUGGUGAUUUACAUAUGUUAUGAUGAGGAGUUUACCUCAGCCAAAAGCAACGAGGAAUGUUCCACACUUAAGGAAUGCGUGACUCCUGGCAUUAAACAAUUCUUGCCUCGUCCAUACUACUACAUAGACAGUAAAACACUGGAAGCAUUUUGUAGUGAAUUGAAUGACUACAUCUAUUGUGUAAACAAGAUUGCAUGGCGCUGUGACGAUCAUUCCAUUGUACAUUACCAUGAGGAGAUAAUUACACGGGGAAAGUAUGUCUGCACCAAUGUGUCGAAAAAAGCUGUUAACGAUUUGACUGCUUCACGAUGCCUUAUUGAUAGGAAGAAGAAGGAAGAAGUUGAAAAUGCGAUAGACUAUUGUUCAUGGAUCAUCUACAGAUAUCCUUACAAUCUCAUAGAGGACGUGUGCCAGCUUGGAUCACUUAUGCAGAGCUGUUAUGAAACAAGGUUGACUGCUUUGUGUGGUAGAGCUGGAGGGGACUUCUACAGCAGUUUAAUCUGGGAAGAGUUGGAGGGACGAUUUUUCGCUUAUGGCUGUAAAUUGGAGGAGGAAAAACAUAAAGUAAGUUGGAAAAAAUGUAAUCUACUUUCUGAAUGCUUGGAGGAUGAAAUAGGCAACUUAUUAAGUGAAUUGUACUACAGCAUCGACAAUACAACACUCGCAGCCUUUUGUGAUGAAUUUAAUACAUAUACCGAUUGUGUGGCAAAACACAAAUACUGUGACAUUAGCGAGAUUGUGGAUUUCUAUGACAAAGAUGUAACAGCUGGAAACUAUUUCUGCACCGAUGAAGUGAAAAAAGCUGUUGACGCUCUGACAGCUUCACAAUGCCUCAUUGAUGAGAACAAGAAGAAUAAGGUUGAAAAUGCGAUUAGUAUUUGUUCUACAACCUACACAACUGAUGAAGCAAAUGACAAUUCAGAAAUAUGCAGAAUUCUGAACAAAAUGAAGGACUGUUAUGAUUUGGAACUGACAGCUCUUUGUGGUAAAAUUGGAGGGGAAUUCUACAGCACAUUAAACUUUGAGAAUGAGGAAGGAUACUUUUACGAAAAGAAUUGUAUUGGGAACGAGCUUGCAACAGAACAUUGACAUUUGAGAAAGGCAGGAUAAGAUACGGAUUUCGAUGAUACUUAUAUACAAUGUAUCUGCCAAUAAAAGUAUAGAUACCAA